UAGUGGUUGAAGCAAUGGGUGAAGUCCCUUCUUCCAUCAGUCAAUAAGGGAAUCACUGUAAUUUAUACUGUUUAAUCAAUUCAUAUUUCAUGUGUAAUCAUCAGUGAAAUAGAACAGAUAGUAUAUAUAUAUGUUGCAAUACUUAUUGUAAAUAUUGAAUUUUAAUAUUAAUCGUAACGUUUGAAGUUAACCUCUUCGCAAUUGUCGUAUUCUGUUACAAAUACGAUAUCAAGAAUAACGUUAGAGAGUUACUAGAAUCGUGAAUAAAAUAUUCUAUCGUUAUCAUGAUAGCGAAUGAAAAGUAAUAUUUAUGAUUAUCUAAUCGUACUUUUAUAACCAGGUGAAAAAAAAUGGGAUUUCAAGAUUCGAUGCAGUACAUAUUAUUCACUAACCCAAUCGCUACUACUGCAAAAUCGUAUGUUUGGAAUUCGACUGCAUCGCUAUUAGGUUUUGCGAAACCUCGCUCUGUAGAAUUAACAAUGGCACCACAAAUACCUUUAUGGAAAUUAGCUAGAGCUACAGGACCAUAUGUAAGACUUGCUGCUCUUAGUGGAGCAGCAGCUGUGGCAAUUGGAGCUUAUGGCUCUCACAAGAAAUAUGCAGAGGAUAUGCAACACGAGCAAAAAGUUUUUGAAACUGCAAGCAAAUACCAUUUUGUUCACACAUUAGCAUUAUUGGGUUUACCUCUAUGUAGAAAGCCGUUUUUGGCUGCAACAUUCUUUAUGUCUGGAAUAGCAUUAUUCUGUGGAACGUGCUACUAUUCUGCAUUUACGGGUGAUAAACAAUUUAAUAGAAUAACACCAGUAGGUGGUUUUUGUUUUAUAUUCGGAUGGUUGAUUAUGUGCAUAUAAAUUUUUCAAGAAAUAUAAGAACCUUUGUAUGAAAAUGAAGAAAAAAACAGAAUAAUAUAAACAAUAAACGGAUUCUGCAACUAUUAUACCAACAUCAUAAAAAAAUGUUACUGUCAAUGUAUUGUUGUCUCGAAAUAAAUUAUCUUCCUAUGA